AGAGGGGAUUCCCCAGCUCUGUGUCGUUGUUUGUUGGCAGGCUCGGUAUCAGGCUUCCCAGUAGAGGGUGGCAUUUCCUGAUAAAACUGACGCUCCUCGCAGGUCGAAAAUAAUCACUAAUAAUACACUAUGUAACGGGGCUGUAAAUGAUGUAUGUUUGUGCGUUAAUAUAAUAUACUAUGGCCGAAUUUAAAGAUAAUGAUAAUAUUGAUUUGACCAGUAAUAAUGCAAAAUCACCUGACUAUUCUGAUAACGAUUUUAGUAUAAUAACCGAUCCUGAUACGAGAAAACCAAGCAGUGGAUUUCCUGUUUUUGUUGUUGACUCACCAACACUACAAAAUCAGAACAGUGAAUCACUUCAAACUGCUUACUGCUGUCUUCGAGAUGCUAACACAGUUAUACAGAAAAAACUGGUAGAUGCAGAGAACAAGAUAAAAACUUUGUCCAAACAUUUGGCGGAAUCAAAGAAAUCUCGUCAGUCUUUGAUUCAAGAGGUAUCUAUAAUGACUACUCAACAAAAUCAAGAAGUGAAUGCUCUUAAGAAUGAAAUCAGUAGAAUAGCAGAACAGAUGAAAAGUGCCCUAAAACAUGGAUUGAAUCAGGAAACAUAUGAUAGGAUUGUAAAUCAACUUGAGGAACUUUCAUCCAACGGUACAGUGGUGAGUCAAAAUAAGACAGACAUAGUAGACAGUGGAUUUGAUACACCAGUACUUCUACCAAAAGUAGCUGAAAAGGAAAAACAUACCAGUCAAGGUGAAACAGAGCAGGAACUUAAAGCCAAAAUCCGAAAUUAUGAAAGUGAUCUUCUCCUCAGAAAACAAGAAUCAGACAUAGUACACCAACAGUUGAACUCUCUGCAGAAUGAAUUACCACGGUUACGGAAGAGAAUAGAUGCUUUACGUGGUGAGCUGAAGACAGAGAAAGAAAGUCACGCACAACAGAAAGACGGCGAUGCUAAAAAAAUUGCGCAGAUGGAAAUACAGAUAAAAGAACUCGAAGAUAUAAACAAGCAGUUAACAAUGAGAGUAAAGAAUCUCACCACACAGUUAAAUGAGUUGGAUGAGAUGAUAGUCAAAGAACAGCGUGAGAAAGACGAUUACAAAAAGAGAUAUUUGAAACUUGGAUUUGAGAUGGAGGAUAAAGAGGAGGAAUAUAAAUGGAAAAUUAAGACACUGGAAAAAGAACUUGCAGCAAACAGGAAAACCUCUCUGACAAAUGUGAGUGGGUCUGAUUUCAAGAAAAAGUAUGAGAAAUUAGCAUUUGAGUUUCAUGAUAUGGAAGAAGAGUAUAAAUGGAGAGUGACCAAACUUGAAACUGAAUUAGCAAAUAUUAAAUCAGUUGAUGAUAGGCCAUCGAUUGAGCCUGUUGUGAGAAGCAAACUUGGCGAUAGGAACGUUGAUGGAGAUAGUUGUGUUGACAAUGAAGUUAUGCAAGAUGUUCUGGAAAUCACUACUGAAAUGUCAAAAGCAAAGCAACAGUUGGAUGAGCAGGUUCAAAUAUUACGGACACUCAUGAAACAAGUCGGCCAAAGUACCACAUUUCCAAAACCAUUGCAGGAUGAUAGACCACUGUCAAUGCCAAUGCAGGAAGUUGAUCAGCAUGGCGGCCCAACGGUAUAUCCCCCAGAUCCAGUUAGUCUGAAUCUACAGAAAAAUGAUGAACAAAAAACAGAAAUCACUGUCGACAAAUUAGUGAUGGAAGCCGCCGUGAAACCUUUAUCUGACCUGAAUAUUAAAUAUCCACCAUCAGGAAACACAGACCAACAACACAGUCAACUGACAAGAUUUGAUGAAAAUGAGCAAGAUAUUUAUGGGGAGGGGCGAGGUUAUAACAAAGAAGGUGGCGUUCCACAGUAUAUUCCAGAUGAAUAUGCUUUCCAACCACGACCAAGUCAACUUGUACCUCGUCAAUUUGACUAUGACUGCUCAAUGAAUGAAAUUAGUGAUACUGUUGAGUUCUCUGUGCUUAGUAAACCUCCUUCUGAUGGUAUUGGUGUUGAUAGUGAACUGUCUCAAACUGGUUUAUACCAAACUGACGAAAACGAUGAAAAACUGCAUAACAUUGGUUUCGACCCGGCAAAUCCAGUGGAGAAUAUUCCUGCUAAUCUAUUUGCAGAUAUCGAUGACAAUUCAUUGGCAACUCUUCGGUAUGCAGGAGGUAAUGAUAUUUCACCUCCAAAUCAGAAUGAGUUGUGGAGGAAUGAAACGCAGCCAAACAUCACAGAGAGUGGUGGUAAUGCACCCAGAGAAUGUCCUGUCUGUUAUGCUCUUUUCCCUCACACAGUCUCCAUGAAUGACUUUUCACAUCAUGUGAACGAUCACUUUGAGGAUGAAACCUUUGCAAUUGUCAAUCCACCUGUGUUAUAA